AUGGUACUUCAUCGGCCCCGUACCUCGCGACCAAAUGUUUACAGCAACUCUCGGAAAUUGGAUCCAAGAGCCAUCCUGUAGCUGCGGCUGUAAUGGGCAAGGAUUUUUAUAUGGAUGACUUACUCACAGGUACCAACACUGCUGAAGAAGGUCAAGCGCUUAUCCAACAGCUUCUCCAGCUGACGCAAUCAGCAGGGCUACAGCUUCGUAAGUGGGCUUCUAACAGCAAAGAAAUUCUGCAGGCUGUUCCCGAAAACCUGAGGAAUGAACGCACAUUGCUAGAUAUCGAGCCCUCUUCGUUGGUAAAAACUCUCGGCCUACAAUGGGAUACCCACGCAGAUGAAUUUCGUUUCGAGGUACCGCAGCACGGCAACAGUUUACCGAUCACUAAACGAAUCGUCCUUUCCGAUAUCGCACGGCUUUUCGAUCCCCUGGGGCUGGUCGGUCCAGUGGUGGUGCAAGCAAAGCUGUUCAUGCAGGAACUUUGGAGAGAAGGGAAGGCCUGGGAUGACGAGCUCAACGAUUCUGCUCAACGCAAAUGGAUAGAAUUUCGUGACAACCUCGAAGGCCUCGGAAAGCUUAGUGUUCCACGGUGGGUAACGGCCACGUCGUCAGUCGUAUCAUUGGAGUUACAUGGCUUCUGCGAUGCCUCUACGCAUGCAUAUGGCGCAUGCAUCUAUGUGCGGGCAGUUUCGACGAACGGAGACAUAUUUACCAACCUCCUAACCGCAAAGUCCAAGGUUGCUCCACUUGGAAACUCCAUGAGAAAUCCAACGGUAUGUCUGCCCCGACUCGAGCUCUCUGCGGCUUUGCUUCUCAGCCACCUUUUCGAAAAGGUUGAGUCUAGCGUGAAUCUUCAAGUAAAAUGUUUCUUUUGGACUGAUUCGACGAUAGUAUAUUAUUGGCUGUCCUCUAGCCCAUCGCGUUGGAAAACAUUUGUGGCAAAUCGGGUCUCGGAAAUCCAGCAAUUAACGGCUAGAGGCAUCUGGGGACACGUGCCUGGUUUGGAAAACCCCGCUGAUGUCGUUUCCCGCGGUAUGUCUCCGGAGGAAUUGAAGGAUUUCACCGCCUGGUGGAAUGGACCUGAUUGGCUUCGCCAACCGUCUCGAUUUUGGCCAUCAAUUAGCGCUCCAGUACAUCAUGAACUUCCACCGGACCAGUUGGAAGAAAGAUCCAUAGCGUUACCGGUUCAACUCCUACCUCCCAACGAACUAUUUUUAUUAUAUUCAUCGUUCACGAAGCUCCUGCGUAUUUCUGCACUGAUACGCCGAUUCAUACACAACUUGAAGUCACGAGACCGAGAAGAGCGACGUAAUGGACCCAUAACUACGGCUGAACUUCGUGAGGCAACAGAAAACCUCGUUCGAAUCGCACAGGAAGAACGGUUUACUCAAGAUUUUAAAGAUAUAUCUGGCGAUGGACAGGUCAAGAAAAAUUCGAGGCUGAAGGCUCUUUCUCCGCUGAUAGCCAACGACAUAUUGCGCGUCGGGGGUCGGCUGCGAAACGCUCCAGUAACGUAUAACCAGCGUCAUCCGAUGAUCCUCCCAGAUCGACAUCCGUUGACUGAGCUGAUCCUAAGGUUCUAUCAUCUUAACCUUCUCCAUGCUGGACCUCAGUUAAUGACAGCAGCGGUUCGGGAACGAUUUUGGCCGCUGCGUGUUCGCAAUCUUGCACGACAGGUAGUGCAUUCAUGUAUCAAAUGUUUCCGUUGCAAGCCAGAGGUCAUGGAACAACUCAUGGGGGAAUUGCCAUCAGAACGUGUAACACCAACAUUUCCGUUCCUACGAACGGGAGUCGAUUACUGCGGACCUUUUCACUACCGUCCGAUACAACGAGGAACUCCCGUUAAAUGUUAUAUCGCCAUUUUCGUAUGCCUAGUAACGAAAGCGGCUCACGUUGAAUGUGUUACAGAUCUAUCAAGCCAGGCAUUCAUCGCCGCAUUGCGACGCUUCGUUGCCCGACGGGGCAGGCCAGAACUGAUCGAGUGCGACAAUGCCCUAAACUUCAGAGGAGCCAAGCGAGAGCUCGAUGAGCUCACUCGGUUGUUCGAAACCCAACAACAUCAACACCUCGUAACCAGUAGCUGUGCCAACGACGGCAUUGCCUUCAAAUUCAUACCUCCGAGGUCUCCAAACUUUGGAGGUCUCUGGGAGGCUGCCGUAAAGUCUCUCAAGAAACAUCUCCGCAGUACUCUUGGGAACGUUAUCCUCUACCUAGACAGUUUCUUGACUCUGAUCACCCAAAUAGAAUCCUGUCUCAAUUCUCGUCCGCUUACACAGCUCUCGGCUGAUCCUAACGACCUGGAGGUGCUCACUCCUGGGCAUUUCCUGGUCCAUCGUCCGCUUGUCGCGGUCCCUGAGCCUAGUUUGGAAGGCAUCCCGAUGAACCGUCUCGACAGAUGGCAGCAAACACAGGAGUACGUCCGUCGAAUUUGGAAGCAGUGGCAGACAGACUACCUCUCUGGGCUGCAACCUCGGACACGUUGGACCCAGCGCCGGGACAAUGUCAAGCUGGACACGAUGGUUCUCUUAAAAGACGAAAAUCUUCCGCCGCUCAAGUGGAGACUAGGGCGGGUGACACAGAUAUUCAGAGGCGAUGACAACAAUAUUCGGGUGGUAACGGUCCGGACGAAAGAUGGCGAGUUUCGGCGUUCCAUCACCAAGAUCUGCGUGUUACCCACUUACCAACCUAGCGGAGAUCUAGCAUCAUCCGCUAACCUUCAAGAAGGAAACUAGGAUCCUUCCAACGAUCGCAGUACCACUGCGCAACGCCGGGGGGUCAAAUGACCUCCCAUCCAUGUAAGUCUGUAUUUUAUAUUGAAUUUCAAAAAAAAUAACGGAAUGUUCUUUCUCCAUAAUCACCUUCGACGACGAUACGUGCUGUAACUGAUAAAUCCGAGCCGUCAAUGAGCAAACACCUUCUACCGGUUAAAUGCCAAUCCGAUCGCAUCCACUAUAUGUCGGAGAGACUUGUGGUUUUGCAACAGGAGAAGCGAAAACCAUGGGAAGACACUCAGAAUGACCUCGGAAACAACCCCACAUGGAAGGAUGACUCGUCAAUGGAAUCCACCCCAAUCAAGCCUGCAUCAAAGGAAUUGUCACUCAGCGAUGCACAACUACGCUCAGCAGUUGGUGCCAACGGUCAUCGUCCGAUUUUCGGACCCGCGGAGGCCGGUUGCCUCCAACCCAAGAAUGCAGCCACCCAGGAUACGGAGGAGUACGACGAAGUGACGAUGACGAUCCAUCCAUUCCACCCAACGCAAACUGAUGCUCAAGGUCAGGAUGUGAUCUCGAAAACGCGAACGGUCAAGGCCGUACCAGACCGACGAUGAGUAUACAACCGAAGACGACAUCAGACGCAGCAUGAUCAUGCAUACAUACGGAGGUGGAGCAGAGCAUUCCAGCAGUGACGUCAGAACAACAUUAAAGCAUAAUGCAAUGAAGUGAAUUCCAAUCCUUAAUAUUUUAUAGAAUCAUUCUAGAAUAGAUGUAGGGAACGUUUAUAUAGUUAAUCGAUAGAUCGGCAUC